GACAUUUAGCCGGUGACCAGAGGUGGGAGCGGGCUACCUUUCUCAGAGGGCCGGUGGACGGGGGGGGGACAGAAGAAGAAGAAGAAGAAGAGGAGGAGGAGGAGGAGGAAGAAGAAGAGGAGGAAGAGGAAGAGGGAGUGAGCUUCGUGGGAGGGCGGGACACCUGUGACGGCAAGCGUCUCAAGUCCAGUGCGAUUAUCUCGAGCUCAGGGAAACGUACGUGUUCUUAUCUUGGAGGAAUUGGAUUCAGGUUUCUUCAAACCUCCCCUACAGCACAGUGAAAGAGAGGGCCUGUCUUGACCACGUGGGUGUGUUUGUGCAGGGGUGUAUGUGAGUGGCAGGGGGGAAAUAUGUUUGUCUGAGUGCCUUUGCAUAUGUGUGUAUAUGGUCAGAGAGUGUUUGUCCCAUGAGACGCUCGACGGAGAUGCAGGGAGCUCGAUCCCCCGCGCUGCUGCAGCUCCUGCUGCUGAGCUGCUGCGUGUGUGCGACGGCCGGCCACCCGUUCAAAACGCCCCUGGACCUGGAUGUUACUCCACGCAUCACUGUUUUGAGCAGCGGUCUCAACGGCUGCAGGCGUUUCCAGUCAUCUGCCGUGAACUACAGCACCAUGCUGCUGGAGGCUGACAGUGAGCGUCUCUACGUCGGUGCCCGGGGGGUUGUGUUCUGUCUCAAUGCCUCCGACAUCUCAGCCAGCUCGGCUCUCACCAUUGAGUGGGAGGCCUCCCCCGAGCAGAAACGCCAGUGUCUUCUCAAGGGGAAAGACAAUGAGACCGAGUGUUACAAUCACAUCCGCUUGCUCCAGAGGUUCAACUCGACUCACCUCUACAUGUGUGGGACUCAUGCCUUCAGACCACUCUGUGCAUACGUAGAAAAGAAGAGGUUUGUGAUGUCAUCGCAGCCUGAGGAGGGCAGGGACAAGUGUCCCUAUGACCCGACAACAGGCUACACCGCCCUCAUCAUAGACCAGCAGAUGUAUACAGCAUCGCAGUACGAGUUCAGGAGCUAUCCAGAUAUACGCCGCAACUCUCCGCCUCCCACCCUGAAGACGGAAGAUGCCCCCACACGCUGGCUGAAUGAGGCAGACUUUGUGGGCUCUGCCCUCGUGAGGGAGAGUUUGAACAGCAGCACCGGCGAUGACGACAAGAUCUACUUCUUCUUCACCGAGAGGAGCCAGGAACAGAAGACGACCUACAGCCACAGCCGGGUGGCGCGAGUGGCCCGGGUUUGCAAGGGGGACAGGGGAGGCCGCUUAACUCUCCAGAAACGGUGGACGUCCUUCCUCAAGGCCAGGCUAAUGUGUUCCCUGCAAGAGUACGACUUCCACUUUAACGUGCUGCGCAGCGUGUUUGUCAUGCCCGGACACACGCCAGAGGACACGCUCUUCUACGGCAUCUUCGGCCUGGAGUGGAAAAACGUGAAGGCAUCUGCUGUGUGUCGCUUCUCUUUGUCUGAAGUCCAAGAGGCCUUUGGAGGACCCUACAUGGAGAACCAGGACUCUGGCUCUAAGUGGAAAGAAUACACUGGAAAGAUCCCUGACCCACGACCUGGAACGUGUAUCACCGAUGCUCUGAGGGCCAGGGGCAUCAACGUUUCCACCUCCUUACCCGAUGAUGUGCUGGACUUCGUCAGGAGGCAUCCCCUCAUGUCCCAGCAGGUCCAACCUUCGGACAGGCGUCCCCUUCUGUUCAGGAGGACCACACACUACACACAUAUGGCCGUACACAUGAUCCAAGGCUUGGAUGGACAAACAAACCAUGUAUUAUACAUGGGCACAGAUGAAGGGUGGCUGCACAAAGCUGUAGAAAUCGAGGGUCAACUACACAUUAUCGAGGAGCUGCAACUGUUUGAGGAACCACAGCCUGUCAAUGCCCUACUGAUAUCUGCAAAACAGAUGAGUGUGUACGUGGCCUCUCCGUCGGGGGUGGUGCAGCUGCCGCUCUCCAGCUGCCGUCGAUACGCUACCUGCUACGACUGCAUCUUCGCCAGGGAUCCUCACUGUGCCUGGAACGGAGCCCAGUGUGUGGACAUGAUGACAUACACUGACAGAUCCACUUUAAUCCAGGACAUUUGGCGCGGCAGCAGGGGAUGUGAGAACAUACAAGAGGAUGUUGUCCAGCGAAGCCGAUCGGUGAGGGUGGGUGACGACGUGCUGCUACAGUGUGAGCUCAGCUCCAACCUGGCCACGCCCCUCUGGACUCUCGACGGCAGCGAGCUGCAGGGUUACGGCCUCAGCUCGGGCUUCAGAACCGGCACGGACGGCCUGCUGAUCAUCGAGGCCCGGCAGGACCAGAGUGGGUUGUACACCUGCUACGCUGUGGAGAACGAAAUCAAGGUCGCCGUGGUGACCUACAACGUCACCAUCCACCUGAACCUGGCCCCGCCCCCACCUCUUGAGCCAACCGAAGACCCUUACGGACUCUUCGCCACCCUGCCACUGACCACUGAACGUCCGUCCUCCGAGAGGCCCUUGCCCCCGGCCCCUCUCCUCCCGCGAUCAGACCUGCUCUCCCCCAGGAACAUGGAGGCCAUGUACCUGGCCCUCAUCACCAUCCUCGGGGGCCUAUGCGUGGUCCUCACCGUGGUCCUGGUCUACGUGGGCUUCUGCCUGAGAGUGGGUAACAGAGGGAAGUACUCGUUACGUGCCGCGGCUUCUGCCUAUCCGAGCAGUAAGAAGCACAACAGGAACAAAAAGACGCUCAGAAGCUCCUCCCACAUGGAGCUGAAGACCAUCUCAAGCAACUGCAAUGGCAACGGCAUUUGUAACGGAGUUUCGAAGCAACGUAACGGCGGCAUCCAGGACGGAGGAUUUCUCCAGAUUGUCCCCGGCGAGGGUCAUCCCUCACCCAAUAAGGAGCCUCCUCCCCCGGCCCCUCCGCUCCCUCCCACGCCUCCGCUCCAGUCUCCCGAGUGCGUCUUCCCCAAUGGACUGUCGGCCACGCUGCCCAGCGUCCUGAGGAGGAUGAACGGCAACAGCUACGUGCUGCUGCGGCAGAGUGACUCUGAUAACGCGUCGCCGCUCUGCUACUCCUUCGCCGAGGAGCUCAAUAAGAUUUUGGAGAAGAGGAAACACACUCAGCUGCUGCCCCGGCCGGACGAGAGCUCCGUGUAGAGAGACGUGACUCCCCCUGUGGCGGGAGGACUGCUUUGUUCUGACCUGGUGCUGAAGUGCCUGUCAUGUGACUCAUUAUUGUUGUGGACUAAAGCAAUAAGAGAGUCUUAUCUACAUUUAGUGCACAUGAAGACAUUCCUGCAUUUUGAACCUUUGGACUGUUUGUCAACCUUAAUUCCCAAAUUUCCCAACCCAGGUUCCCGAUAAAGGGCCGUGCAUGAAGUGUGAUCUACCUCACGUCAAUACUGCCCACAAGGACACAGGCAGCCUGGAGACUGAUCCGAGUAUCAGGGCGGAUGUCUCAGUCACAGGAACAUCACCAUGGGAAUAUAAAUACAUGAGGACUUCUGGGCAUAUUUGGCUCAGUUCAAACCGGAGGGCAGCUCGCCAAAGUUUGUUUGCAAUGACGAGUGCACAGAUGGCCUAUGCAUUUUUAAAACGGGACAUUCACACGUUUUAAAUAAUGAAGGAAUGGGUUUUGGUGAACGAGGAAAUUAUGUUGACUUAACCAACACAAAAUGAUAUACAGUAACUCAUAACACAACUAUUAACCAAAAUUUGGAGUAAUGAACCAAGAUUUAUUAAUUUAUUACAUGUUUAUUAUCAAUGACAUAAUGUAGAUUUUUAUUAUAAAUGAAUAACAUUAUUACAACAGUCGUUGACGUGGUUUUAAAACUGGUGAGAAAUGAAAUCAUCAACCUUGUAUUGCCACAAUUAACAAUUAGUUGGCAAUUAAAUAAUAUGCAGGUAAACUUUACCUGCAUAUUAUAAGAAUAUUUGCACAAUAAAACAUUGACUUUGAAUUGAACUCAAGGUUGAUGCACACACUCAAAUCCAUCGCAAAGGAAAUUGUUGUAUGUUGAAGACGUGUGUUGGUCCCAGCUCAUUGUCUGCAUGUGGGAAACAAGUGGCCAUUAAAGAUAAAAUGACAUAAACAUUCAUAGAAUAUUAAUGCUAAAAAAGGAAAUAGUGUUAUUUGAUCUUUAUUUGUUAUCAAGCAAAUAUCAAAUUGUGAUUAUUUCACCAAGUGUUAAACGGACAAUGAUGAAAAUAUGACAGUAUUAUUGAUGUUAAUGCACUUUACCAGUUUUAAAACGUUUUUUGGGAAAGUUAUCGGACUCUUUUGUGGAACGCGACCCGACAACCCCUCGAGAACCAGCGGGGCUUUUCUGAGCACCGCAGCGUGAGGAGCUGUCCACUGGUUACAAGCGGAUUAGGGGAGGGAAACAUCGACUGUGUCUCAGACGGGCCUGGGUCGAACACUGCGCGAGGUCUUGACCCAGCACGACUGACUGUGGAGCACGGGAACACACACCCAAGAUCUGAUGAGCGUGGGUCAGUUUCUAUCUCUCGUAAUUCCGUUCCCGGGGGAAACACCAUCUCCCAACCGGAGUCAGGCGGUAGGACCGGCUGCAAAGAUGUUCUCCUAAUGAGAAGUGAAAUUAAAUUCACCAUCGUUACUGGACAAGAAGCGGCAGAGGAGAAGGAAACGCUGGAUAAGGGCCACGGCACCUAAAAGUACACAGCUCUGCUUCCCCACCACUGUCUCAGCGAGCAUGUUUGUUCUUCAACUUUUCAGCUCCAACGCGACCUAUGAUGACCUUUUUCCUCACCCUUGCUGCAUGAAUUAUGUCUCAACAACUGCUAGUUUGUCGUUUUCAGUCGAGUAAACGACAAGGACCCUCCUUGGGGUCGGCAUAUUUAUUUGUAAUUUUUUUGUACGUGUGUUUUGGAAGUUGCAGUCAACGUUGUUGUUGUAAGACACCCACCUGUCAAGUAGGAGGCUCACAAUUUGCCAGUGUUUCACAAAAUGUGAUAAUAGAGAUGCGCGGUAGCCCAAAGCAUGCAGAGGCUGUACCAGCAACACAGAAUUUAAUAUUUAUAACCUAAUAAUUUACCUAUUCAUUAUAACCUUUUACUUAGGUCCUCAUUCAGCUUUUCUGUCACUGUCCACAUAUUAGUUUUGAUCCCUGUUUGCAUGUUACACCAGGCUUGUGCACACAGCAAAUCCGAUUUUUACCGAAGUAAGAACAACAGGGCAGCGGGUUCCUUCAGUCCGUGAGUUUAAAAAUAAAACUUUGUACUUCAA